GAUGAAAUCGGUGACGCUGGCUCAGACUACAAUGACAAGUCUAGGCGAUUUGCUGAACCAGGAGAGGACGAUGAUCUCGACGAAAUGAGUAUGUCGCGCUCCAGAGGUCCCAGUCAUGCAUCUAGUAUUGGCGAUGGUGAUGAUUUCCCAGACCUCUGCGAGGAACUCGAUGAGGAUGCAAUGCGGCGUGCUGCUGCAGCUGCUGUGGUAAAGAAUAUCGUUCUCUCCGAAGAAUCGCCAGCCGAUGUCACCAGUCCACCUUUCUCAUGCGCAGAGAAAACUAUUCAAAAGACGCAUGAGUCUUCGUUUUCACAGAAGGAUAGCAGUCCGCGGAAGUUUGGUGAGGACGCGGCGUUACGACAUUCUUGUGGCAUUCGACAUGAAGAUGGUAGAUUUCGACAAUCAUCCUGCCCGUUCUACUCUCGAAUAGCGACGCGCGACGACGACACCACUUCAUGGAGAAAAACGAAUGCAAAUCCAGACGAGAUUAUCGAAGCAGGAACAACGCAGGAAAUAGAGAUAAAGUGGACAAGGCUCGAGAAUGUCGAGAAGUAG